UGAUGCCAGGCCUACAGGCUCUCCUGCCAGCUCUGUUGGCGGCUUUGUCUAUGGCAGAGCCUCUGAGCAGCCCCCAGGACGGGGAAAACGAGGUCCUGAAACACAGUGAAGCCCAGCUCACCAAGACCCAGAACCAGGUGGUCGAGAAUGCAAUUGGAAAUCUCAGUGAAGUAAUGCCAACCCACAAACCUACAGCAGCAGCCCCCACCGUGACUGCUGCCAGUCUCGCUCCCUUUUGCCCUGGAAGCCUGCUGAUGCUGGGGGGCAGCGCUGGCUGUGGCUGCCCUCCUGGCAUGGUGGAGGAUGGGGACAGCUGCAGCUGUGCUGAGGGCCUCACAGCGCAGGGGCCAGCAGAGUGUCGGGACGUGGAUGAGUGUGACAGAGAGGGGCCACAACGUUGUGGUCUCCAUGCCAACUGCACCAAUACCCCCGGCUCAUUCUUGUGUAACUGUCAUCAUGGUUACCUGAUGGGUCCAGAAGGAUGUUAUGACAUAGACGAGUGUGCGCUGGCUGCAGUAACAGGUCUGCAGGCCUGUCAGGGUAAUGCUGAAUGCAAGAACACCCCUGGCUCCUUCACCUGUUCCUGCCCUGUGGGAUAUGUCACUGCUCUGAACGGACAAGGCUGUGUGGACGUGGAUGAGUGCAGCUUUGAGGAGCAGUGUCGUCGGGAGCUUGGAAACGUGUGUGUGAAUACUCCCGGCAGCUUUGUGUGUCGAUGCCAGCCGGGUUUCAGAGCUGAAGCGCCAGGCUGCGUGGAUGUGGACGAAUGUCAGGAGAGUCCUGCGGUGUGCGAUGGUCAGGGUAUGUGUGAAAACACACUGGGGAGUUACCGGUGUGUCUGUCGGCCGGGUUACCGUGGAAACGGCACACACUGCGAAGAUGAGAAUGAGUGUGCUUCCGGUUUUCAUGGUUGUGACACCAAUGCCAGAUGUGGAAACAUAAUCGGUUCUUAUUUCUGCCAGUGCUACCAGGGCUUCAACGGGGAUGGCCACUCCUGCUUUGAUAUUGAUGAGUGUGCGAUGGACAAUGGCCACUGUCAUCACAAGUGUACCAAUGAGCGAGGAGGGUACAGCUGCCAGUGUGGUGCAGGCUACCAGCUCGCCCAGGAUGGACACAACUGCACAGAUGUGGACGAGUGUGUGGUGGUAAACGGGACAUGUGACCAGUUGUGUACCAACACUCCGGGCUCCUUCCUGUGUUCCUGUCGGCCCGGGUACCAGCUGCACAUCGACGGACACAGCUGCGUCGACAUUGAUGAGUGUAAGCUCCAGAACGGCGGCUGUUCCCACAUCUGCACCAACACACCAGGAGGACACACGUGUCACUGCCCACCUCCUCUGCUUCUUCAAACAGACAACCUCCGCUGUGUCAAUGUGACAUCUUGUGAACUGAGGAAUGGUGGCUGUGAUCACAUAUGCACUAUGAGGGCUGAGGGUCACCUCUACUGUAGCUGCAAAGCAGGAUGGGAGUUGGGCAAGGACUUGAGGAGCUGUCAAGAUGUGAAUGAGUGUGGGGACUUUACGAACGGAGGCUGUGAGCAGUUAUGUGUGAACCACCCAGGUGGAUUUAACUGCAGCUGCUGGAAGGGCUACGAAUUACGCACCGAUGACGCCACCAAGUGCGUCGCGGUGUGUGACCCGCCCUGUCAGAACUAUGGAGAGUGUGUGGCCCCGAAUACCUGUGACUGUCCUCCAGGCUACCCUGGGCUGGGCUGCUCAGCCAUGUGCUCCCCGCGCUGUGCUCACAGUGGGACCUGUAUGCGCUGGAACAUCUGUCUGUGUACUCGGGGCUGGACGGGGGAAGGCUGCCACACAGCCAUCUGUGAGCUGCCCUGUGCAAACGGGGGUCGCUGUGUGGCGCCGGACACCUGCCAGUGUCCCUCCGACUACAAUGGCCCCCAGUGCCUUUCACCCCUCUGCACGCCUGCCUGUCAGAACGGAGGGAGAUGUGUGGAUGUCAACAAAUGUACCUGUGUUGGAGGGUGGCAAGGGGCUCGAUGCCAAAUAGAGCCGGUGCAGUGCCACAGAGACUGCAGGAAUGGUGGCACAUGUGUGGGCCUCAACAGAUGCCGCUGUGCCGCUGGGUUCACCGGCACUCUCUGUGAAACAGCUGUGACCAUCCCCUGUGUGCCCCCUUGCCAACACGGCGCUACCUGCAGCCCUCACAAUACCUGCACGUGUCCUGAAGGCACCGCCGGCCUGCGCUGUGAAAGACUUACUUGCCCUGUAGUCACCACAGUGGUGAGUAUGGCCCGGGCGGUGAGGAAGGCUUUCAGGGAGAGUUAUGUGGACCGCUGUGGACCCCUGGGAGUUCAGCUCUGCACUAAAUACAGGAUAAACCAGGCACGUGUGUACCUGCAGGCCUACAGGGUGGGCUACAGGAUCCAGUGUACAGAUAAGAAGGGCAGAUGAAUGAGUUUACAGACUCUUCCUACGCUGCACAGUUAACCAGGACCCCGCAGUGAACCCACCGGGCAUUUCCUGACCUCUCUCGGGCAAUAGGACUGUGGCAGGUGUGCUUACAAAGAUAUAAAGGGUCAAAUAAAACAAAAUCUGUUCCAUGUAAUCAACGUAAGGCUGUUGAGGGAUAUUUCAGGCCGUGUUGCCCCACAGCUUCCUGACAUAUUGCCCAGUGUAUCACAGUCAUUAUUAAUUUCUCAUCUAUCUUACUCUUUGAGAAGGAAUUUCCACAGAAUGAAUCCAACGUCUAGUUUUCUCAGUCAACAGUUGGCGAUGCCAAACAAUAGAGCUUAUUCAUGACCACCAGUAGGAUUUGUGAUAUAAGUUAACGUGAAAACUGUAUUUUUUGUGGAUCAGAACUGGUUGUGUUGUUGGAGUAGAUGUUUACACUGUACAGCUGAAGGACCUGCUGGCAGCUGCUGGCGCCCCUUGCUUGGAGGGGGGAGCCCAGACCAUUCUUACAAGUCAUUUUCAUUAAAACUCAGGGACAAACGCCAACUUUUUUUCCUGCACAAUAUGUUAUCUGUGUGUUAAAGAAAAAAAUCAUAAUUUUGUGGUAUUUCUUCAAGACAGACCUCUUUGGUAAAGUAAAGAGGGGUCCUUCACUUGAUGAAACAAGGCCUGACUCGGUGGCAUGAGGUGGACGACUGUAUUUCAUGUACUGGCUCUAUGUUCACAUAGACUUGUGAUCAAGUAUCCCAAAUAAGUCGAAAUGUAAAAUUACUUUCCUGUUUGUAAUGUUUGUAUUUGGCAGCUGAAUAAUAUUAAAUGCAACG